CACGAACCGAAAAUAUGGCGCUACUAAAGUUACGCUGUACUACGUUUUUUCGCACUAGACAAAUUCAACAUUAACCAUGCUGCAUUAACAUUUACCAACAUGACAUUUAAAACUGUAAUCCUCGAUCCAUGAAAGAGAAUGUUACGAUUUCGAUUCGCGCCUCCUCCACCGUGACUCAUUUACGAAGUCAGCUGACCAAAUCCUUGGGAACGGACUCUCUUUCCACAGUGAUGGAAGAGCCCUGGACUUCACACCAGACUCAUUCUCCCUUCAGUGUGGACGCCGGCGCUGGAGAGGACAAUAUGCUGAGGUUGCUAAAAGGAAAUACGCAUUUUUAGCCGACUGAGGGUUGACUGUAUCGCAUUGAUCAUGCCGGACUCCUCAGGAGAGUCUUUACCCGCGUUCAGGCGCUUGAGUUACUCAGUGGGGCAUUUUCUCAACGACCUGUGCGCCUCUAUGUGGUUCACAUACCUGCUGGUGUUUUAUCACUCAGUGCUGGGCUUUGAGAACACGUAUGCUGGUGUGUUACUGCUAGUGGGGCAGAUAGCGGAUGGAGUGUGUACACCGCUCAUCGGCUAUGAGUCUGAUAAGACACCCGGCUGUGGAUCAUAUGGGAAGAGAAAAACUUGGCAUUUAAUCGGAACUAUUAGCGUCCUCUUGUCGUUCCCCUUUAUAUUUAACCAGUGCCUGGGUUGUGAUGUGGACACCCCACAGUGGGUCAGUCUCACUUACUUCACCCCCUUCAUCGUCAUCUUCCAGUUUGGAUGGGCGGCCACCCAGAUCUCCCAUCUCUCCCUCAUUCCCGAGCUGGUGACUUGCGAACAUGAAAAGGUGGAGCUCACUGCGUACAGGUAUGCCUUUACUGUGAUAGCCAACAUCACAGUGUAUGGAGUGGCCUGGCUGAUGUUUCAUUUUCAGACUCAGGAAGGAGAUGAUCCUGCCAUUAUGGAAAACCUUGGCCUGGGUGACAUCCCUGUUUUCAGAGGUCUAAGUCUUACAGUCGUGGGCAUUGGUGCUCUGUUCUCGCUGUUCUUUCACCUGGGCACACGGGAGAAGGGGGCACGUCCCGGUCAGGAGGAGGAGGGGUCUAGUCCUGGGGAGCGCCAGCCUCUUCUUAACAACACCACUGUUGCUCCUCCCACAAGUCUACUGCAGUGGAAGCACUGGCUGCGACAGCCAUCAUUCUACCAGGUGGCUUUGCUUUAUAUGUCCACCAGACUGAUAGUGAACCUGUCGCAAACAUACAUAUCCAUGUAUCUGACCUACACACUAAUGCUGCCAAAGAAGUACAUAGCCAUCAUUCCCCUGGUCAUGUUCCUAAGUGGCUUUGCUUCCUCAUUUAUCAUGAAGCCUCUAAGCAAGCUAAUAGGCAAAUGUAUGACCUAUUUUUUGGGACUCUUGCUGAUUAUGGCGUUCUCCUUUUGGGUGCUGCUGGACGCACACAUGGGAGAAAAGGUGUACGGCACAGCGGUCUUGCUGGGGGUGGGCUCUGCUACCAUCCUGGUGAUGUCGCUUGCCAUGACGGCUGAGCUCAUAGGAGACCAAACACAAAGUGGGGCUUUUGUUUAUGGAGCUAUGAGCUUCACAGACAAGGUGGCUAAUGGGCUGGGAGUUAUGAUUAUUCAGACGCUACACCCAUGCCGGACAAUGGUAUGCUGUCCAGGCUGCGUGUGGUAUUAUCACUAUAUCAUGGUCAUCGUCACAGGUGGAGUGGCCGUUUUAGCAGCUCUGAGCCUCUGCACAAUCCUUAUCUGGCCUAUAAAGAUUGUGCGCUUAUCUAAGCAGGAUCAUAUGAAUGGUUCAAUAAACAGCAAAGACUUAAAGGAUCUGCCUGAGGUGCCUGGACUCAUGGGGAGUGAUGGAGAGGACUCGGAGAGCUCUGAGCAGCCGUCAGUCAACUGAACACGCAGCAGAUUCAUCACUUCAGAUGCAGAGAGCUUUGGGUUGACACUUACAUCACAGUGGUGAAGGUUAGAAUUCAGAUCAGAUUGGCACAGGCCAGUUUUUACUACAGGGAGGCCACAUCUCGACACACAAGAUCAUUUCCCUGAGACCCAAAGAUGUGGUGAAUCUUUAGACCUGAUUAGUUGAUAACACUACCGUGUGUUCAAAUUGUGGCUUCUCAUUUCAUAGUUCUCUCAUAACCCACAAUAGACAUAAACUUUUUUUUAUGAAGGGACUAUUUUUCUUACGCACAUUUGUUUUGUUUAUAAUUCACAGUUUGUUUUUAUAUAUGAUUAUACAUUUAGUUACGUUUUUUUUUUUUAUCAAAUCCAUAAAAAUAAGGGAAUUUAUUUAAAUACUCUGCAAAACUAUUGACGUUAUCAUGAAGUUAACGCAAGAUGCACAUGUUAUGAUGGAUGCAGGAUUUUAGAUUAUACUGAUGUUUCAUAAGGGAAUUCAUGAAAAGGGAAGAAUCGCUAUUUUAAAUCCGGUGACAUGAAGCCAUGUUUUGCCAUGUUUUCAGCUCUGAGAUACAUGGCUUAUCACCAGAGAGUCAAUAAUGAGUAUUUUUCCACGUAUCCACUAGCAUUGUUAUCUUUCAAAAGAAAUGUAUAUGCAUAAAUAUGUUUUCAUAUGUGAGACGUUUGUGUCUGACAUGUUUUCUGUUCAUAGAAUCUACUGAACAGAAUAAAUGUUCUUUAUGAACGGACCUUUCUGUAUCUAGAGGUGAUGCAAUGUAACCUGUUUUUGUAACUAGUUACUGUUUAGCAGGAAUGCAGUGUCAUUGUGAGUAGUUUCAACAACUGGUCAGCUGAUCCUGCGUGAUGCUCAAGACUUUUAACACUUCAAAUAAACCAAUCAAAGGCUGAUGCUCUAA